AAUAAAAAUAAUCAUAAUAAAGCUUCUUCAUCAACAAACGAUACUUUCCAAAAUAAUCUAAAAACUAUCAAACCUUCAUAUCUCAAACUAACCUAUCUAGAUUAUCUACGACAACAAUAUGCCAAGAAAUUUCUCAAGACAACGCAUACCGAUUAUUUAAAAGCAGAAUUUUUUAAAGGAUAUGAUAAGUGGAAUUCUUUGGAAAAUAUACAUGAAAUUAGAACGAUCAACUACCAGGAAAACAAGAUUGAUGAACACAUAAUAACGGAAAAAGCGUCUGAUCAAGCUUCCAAUAAACCAUUAAAGAAAACAAAUAUUUUUAAAGAUUUAUUUAGAUUGAAAACAAAGCAACCUCCAAACGAAGAAGUAGAUGGUUUUGUUUGGGUGGAAGAUCCUCAAGAUUUAAGGAAAAAUAGUUUACGUUGGAAAUUAAGAAAAUAUUUUCUACAAGAUCCUGAAUUAGACAAAGCCAAGCACAAAGAUGGUGAGGAUUAUAUGUUUGAGGAUUUUGUGUUGGUAGAACCAGAUUUAACAAAAGAUUUAAAACAAGAUAAUAAAUUAAAAAAUGGUUUAAUAGAUUUUACUGCGGGAUCAUUAGCUGGUAUUGCCCAAGUUUAUGUCUCUCAGCCCUUGGACACGGUUAAGGUGAAGCAACAAACUUUCCCCAAACUUUAUAAAACAAUGUUUAAAUGUUUUCUACACACCUAUCGCAAAGAUGGCAUAUUUCGGGGUCUUUACGCCGGCACAUUACCAGCUGUGAUCUCUAGUGUGGCUGAAAAUUCGGUAUUAUUUGCCGCCUAUGGCGCUUGCCAAAAGGUUGUGGCUUUUGUUAUGGAUAUUGAAGAUGUUAUUGAAUUGUCAGCACUGGGUAAUGCGUGUGCAGGUUUUCUAGCAGCCUUCUUUUCUACGUUCACUUUGUGUCCCACGGAAUUGAUUAAAUGUAAAUUACAGGCGGUUCAUGAGAUGAAACAUUAUGUGACAAAAGGCAGCAAGGCGACACCUAUAACGACCUUUAAAUUAACACAAGAUAUAUUCUUAACCGAAGGGGUUUCCGGUUUUUAUCGUGGUCUAAGCUCAACUUUUGCUCGUGAAUUACCCGGAGUUUUCUUCUUUUUUGGUAGCUAUGAAGCAACUCGAGAAUUUUUCGCGAAACCCGAUCAAUCCAAAAACGAUAUUGGCCCUCUUAAAACAAUGUGUGCGGGCGCUGUUGGUGGUGUUGUUUUAUGGACGGUGACAUUUCCAGCAGAUGUUAUUAAAACACGUAUACAAAUUAACAAUUUAAAGGGUUCAAUGUUGUCGGUUGGUUCAGAUAUACUUCGAAAAGAGGGUGUAUUGGCAUUCUAUAAUGGUCUGCUUCCCUCAGUUCUGAAAACAAUUCCCGCUACGGCAGUAUUAUUUUUAGUUUAUGAAUAUUCUAGAAAAGUUUUAGGUGAGCAAUUGUGA